AUGGCCAGAAGAAAGAUACAAGAAACCAGUGAAGUAGCAAUGAAAAUCCAUGGAGGAACUCCAAGUAAUAUGCAACCUGCUUACUUUGGUCUUUUUGCAACCCUAUCUAAUGGGGCUUCAGCUAGCACACUAACUGAUAUGUUUUACAAAUCACCUACUGUAAUGACAAAAGUUAUUCCUAAUGUUGUAAAUGAAAAGGUCAAGGCUUUUGAAAAUUCUAAAACCAAUUUUGUUAGAAGCGUAAACGUGCUUUACAGGAAUGGCCUUGUAAGCAAGGAGAAAUACAUUAGCAUUAGGUCAGCAUUAAGCAUGAAUAAUAAAGAAAAUAGUAAUUCUAAGUCGCACACAGAAUUUUUGUCAAACUGUAAUGUUCCACGCAUACUUCCGUACAAGGAAUUGAUGUAUAAGAUCAAGGGCAUAGAUAUAGGUAAUUUGUAUGACCUCAACGAACAGUUUUGUACCGGUCUAGGCAAUGAUGACCAUAUAGAAGGUAAGUACAGGGAUUUAACCGAGUUGCUUUUAAGGUUGACCCAGUUUUACUUGAAAGUCAAUGAACACAGACUUGAUAAGCUUAUUUGGUAUAACAAUAAGCAAGCAGGUCACUUCAAUGUUGCCAUUGGGGGUGACGGUGCUCCCUUUGGUAAGGAUGACUCGGCAUUGGCUUGGUUGGUGAGUUUUCUUAAUUGCGGUCAUAGAAUUUCUAGCCGCAAUGAGAACUUUCUUCUUCUAGGGGCAAAUUGCUCAGAGGAUUGUGAAGCUAUUAGACGCUAUGUUCUAAAGCUAUCGCAAGACAUCAAAGAAAUCGAAAAGAAAACAUACUCGGUUUCGGUUGAUGGUCAAUUAUGGAAUGUAUCUUUCUCCUUUGACAUGUUUCCAAACGACAUGAAAUACAUAGCUUUUCUUGCUGGAGAGCUUUCAAUUUCUGCAACAUAUUUCUCACCUUUCGCAAACGUUAAAAAAGCUGAUAUAUGUGAUACAAAAUCUACUUUCGGGGUUGAGCCUUCACAUAAGUGGAAGCCUUGGACCUACUAA